AUGUCUUCUAUAUACGACUUUAUCGUUGUAGGCGCUGGCCCCUCAGGCUGUGCCCUCGCAGUCCGCCUCGCCCAAGUCUCCAGCAAGCCAUCCGUCCUGCUCAUUGAAGCAGGCGACGAUAACAAAGAAGCCGCCUAUCUCGUGCCUGCCGACCGCUUUAACCUGGCAUUUACAAUGCCACAGCUGAACUGGGGAUACAAAACCGUUCCCCAGACCCACCUGAAUGGCCAGGAAAUCGAUUACUCGCGUGGGAAGGGACUGGGUGGGAGCACGGCUAUUAACUUUAGUUGCUGGCUCAUUGGGGCGGACGAGGAUUUCAACGAGUGGGCGAGAAUAGUAGGCGACGAUGCCUGGACCUGGGAGAACGUCAAGGAGCGAUUCAAGAAGAUCGAGAACUACCACGUGGACAUCCCCUCCGAGCACCGCAAGUACAUCAACCCAAAAUCCGAAGACCAUGGCACCACCGGCCCCCUGCAUCUCUCGUACGCGGAUCCCUGGGAGAAAGGCCUUACGGAUGUCUUCGUCGCCGCCGAAGAGACAGGACUGGGUAUUAACCCCGAUGUGAACUCUGGCAAUCCCAUCGGCAUGGGAAUGGGUGCCACUUGUGCAUACCGAGGCUCUCGGACCACUGCGUCCGCAUAUCUGGAGAAUGCGCCGAGUAAUCUGACCAUUGCGUUGAAUAGCCCGAUUGCGAAGGUCGUGAUGGAGGGAAAGAAAGCCGUUGGCGUCGAGACAUUAGAGGGGAAGAAGUACUUCGCACGCAAGGACGUAGUGCUGUCAGGCGGUGCUCUCAACUCCCCUCAACUCCUCAUGCUCUCGGGCAUCGGGCCUGCGGACGAACUCAAGAAGCACGCCAUCCCUUUGGUGCACGAGCUGCCCUACGUCGGCAAGAACAUGCAGGACCACAGCUUCUCGACCGUCACACUGCUGCAGAACACCGGCACCAACGAACGGAUGGCGUUCGAGACGGACCCCGAGGCCGUGCAGGCCGCGAGAGCGCAGCACGCCAAGGAUAAGACGGGCAUGAUGACGAGUCUCUACGGCAGCGUGCCGAUGGGCUGGUUCAAGAGCGAGAGUGUAUUCGAGAGCGAGGAGUUCAAGGCGCUGGAUGCGCACACGCAGGAGUUUAUGAGGAAAGCCACUGUCCCGACAUUCGAGAUCGCCACGCACACCCCUCCCCUCUUCGUAGGCGACUACGAGCUCAAGCCUACAGACAGCUACCUCACAGCCCUCGCCUUCGUCAUGAACCCGCAGUCUCACGGCACCGUGACCCUGGUGUCCGCCUCCCCGAGGGACGCGCCACGGAUAGACCCGAACCUGAUCUCGCACCCCUAUGACCGCCGCGUGCUGAUCGAAGGUAUCCGCCAGGUUAUGGCCUUGCUGUCCGCGCCCGUGUUCCAGAAGUCCACCGUCAAGAUGAUUGGGUGUCCGAAGAGCACCAGCGACGACGAUAUCUGGGAACACUGCAAGGGAAACUUAUUCUCCUCCUGGCACAUGUGCUCCACGGUCCGCAUGGGCCCGCCCUCGGACCCGACGGCCUGCGUUGACACCUCGUUCCGCGUGCGCGGCACCCAGAACCUGCGCGUUGUAGACCUUUCCGUGCUUCCCCUGCUCCCAAACAACCACACGCAAAGCACAGCCUACCUCGUGGGCGAGACGGCCGCCGAGAAGAUCAUUGCCGAAUACUACUCCUACGAUGGCCUCCCAAGCUCAAGACAAAGCUCGACGAAUACAGCGAGGACGCAGCGGACCCAGACUCAGAGACAUAAGUUGUAG